AUGCCUAGUGUUGUGUCUGAAUGGGUACGAACAAUAGGCAACUUGAGAACGAAUGCACAGAUCACCAGCCCAACCACCCCUCGGGCAGGGAGAGAAACAGAAAACUGGUUCACCAGCCCACCCCUCGGGCAGGGAGAGAAACAGAAAACUGAGAUAGCUAAUCAGAUACGACUCAAUAUUUUAACAGUGCUCUCCACUAGUGGUAAAAAGCGCUCAGCUGUAACACCCUUCCGGUGCCUACCUACAACGCUAGUCGAAGGAAGCACGAGAGCCGGGAUACUGCCAAAUUGCCCAAACCUAGACAGGGGAAGUCGAGAGGCAGAGGUCGCGUUCGAACUGCGGACCUCCCGGUCAUCACCCCAAGAGAAAACCCUUCUCGGUGUCUACGAGGAGCAGUGUCUACUCCGAAAGGGUGUUACACCUGAACGAUUUUUUCUAGAGCGAGAGCGCGAACUUACUGACCGGAAGGUCCGUGGUGCCCGCUCUGCCUCUCACAUUCCCCUGUCUAGGCUUGGGGAACCUCGCAGUAUCCCAACCCUCGUGCUUCCUUCGUGUAGCAUGGCAGUAAGGCACCGAAAGGGUGUUACACCUGAACGACUUACUUACUUACCUUCCCCCAGAAAGGAGUCUGGAAGCAAGCAAGGUAGCAUUCUUCAUCUUGUACGAUCAAAUAGAUACAAUCAAGCCCACCGGGCAAGACGGCCCAAGUGGUUAGAGCGCGAAUUUACCGACCGGAAGGUCCGUGGUUCGAACCCGACCUCUGUCUCUCGACUUCCCCUGUCUAGGCUUGGGCAACCUGGCAGUAUCCCAGCUCUUGUGCCUCCUUCCGUUGGCAUGGUAGCUAGACACCGAAAGGGAGCCACAACCGAAAGAUUAUUUAUUAUUUUUCUUAUCAAUUCAACGUCCUCAGCGGGGUUACUGGAGACAAAGCCUGCCCCAGAGCAUGUUUUCCGGAACGAGACAGAAACCAAACUUGAAGUACUCUGCGGUCAUGACGAAAAUGUUCCAUGUGAGACACUCUUUAAGUUCUCACCUUUUGUGAAGGAAACUACUCACAAGGUUGCUGAAAACUCUACGACAGCUUACGACCGGUUUCGCCCUUCUUGGGGCUCAUCAGUUAGGCACAGUCCCCGAGUUACCGUCAACCUUAUGUUCCACUUGAACCUUUUGGUUUAA